AUGCGAAGACUUUCAAAACCCAGCCGUCAUGAAACUUCUUCAAAAGACACGUCUCCCAAAGACCGCCGAAUUUUUUUCAAAAAAUCUCCUACAGUAAAAAAGCCUACACAUCCAUUAAACAGUUCUCAACAUGCAACCCCUCGCCGAUCUACCAAAGGAGCCACCAUUGAGCUGAAGCCAAAAAAAGCUGCAAAACGAAUAAACCUUAAUUUAACAGGUGUGCCUACCUUACAAUUAGGGAAAGUUACAUCACCAGCAGUCAGCACAAAAAAGCAUCAGCUUUCAACGACUAGGGUUCAUAAAAGAACCCUCAGUGACGGUGUGCCUGAUUUCAAUGCGACUGAAAGCUCUUUGCUUAAUAAUACAGUAAAGAGUUUUAAAAAGCCGUCAACUUCAAGAAAGCCAGGCACUAAGCAGGUUGAUUGAGGAGCUGCUACACAUUCUUUAUUAAAAAACCAUGCUUUAAUGCAAAAUUUUAUAUGCUUUUUGGGUUUAAAUAGAUUUUUUUUUAAUAUGAAAUGUCGUUUUCACCAAAUUUAACCAGCACAAUAUAGAAGAAAAUCCUGAAAAAAUGUGGAAAAGUCUUAAACUCCCAGCAAGCCCAGGAACUAUUUUAAAAUCAUUUAUAAAAGAAUUAACCACAUAUGAGCAAGGUGAAAUUUUAGGAUAUCAUGAAAUAUACUAUAUAGGAAUUGGGGCGAAAAAAACUAAGCCAGACCCAUCCUCUUGCUCUCCUAAUGUAGGCUACGAUGAUGAAAGAGGAGAUUAUAAUAUAGUUAUAGGAGAUCACAUAGCCUUUCGCUAUGAAGUUGUAGACGUUUUAGGCCGAGGUAGCUUUGGGCAAGUCCUAAAAGUCCUUGACCACAAGUCAGGUGACGAAUUUGCCCUAAAAAUCAUCAGAAAUAAAAGCCGAUUUCACCAGCAAGCCGCAGUAGAAAUUGAAGUUUUAAGCUAUUUAAAAGAAAAAGAUCCAAAAGAAAGCCACGCGAUUGUCCAUAUCCAGGACUAUUUUACAUUUAGGAAACACAUUGUAAAUGAUAUUUAGUGUAUUGCUUUUGAGCUUUUGUCAAUCAAUUUGUAUGAAUUUAUCAAAAGCAACCAGUUCAAAGGCCUGAGUAUGAAUUUGAUAAGAAGAUUUGCAGUGCAAAUUUUACAAGCAUUAGAGCUGCUUGAGAGGUUACAGAUAAUUCAUUGUGAUUUAAAGCCAGAAAAUAUAUUAUUAAAGGAGUCUGCGCAUUCUGCUAUAAAAGUGAUUGAUUUUGGCUCUUCUUGUUUUACUAGUAAAAGAGUAUACACCUAUAUACAGAGCAGAUUUUAUAGGGCGCCUGAAAUUAUUUUGGGUAUUUCUUAUUCGACAGCUAUUGAUAUGUGGAGCUUUGGCUGCAUUUUGGUGGAGCUUUAUACUGGGUAUCCAUUAUUCCCAGGCGAAAGUGAAGCUGAGCAGCUUUUAUGCAUAAUGGAAGUGCUAGGCCUCCCAUCAGAAUCAGCAUUUGAAAAAUCUACUAGAGCCAGGCUAUUUUUCGAAAAAAAUGGAGAGCCAAAAAUAGCCCCGAAUUCUAGAGGAAAAAUUCGCUAUCCAAAUAGCAAAAAUUUGGAUAAUAUUUUGAGAGGAGCUGAUAAAACUUUUAUUAGACUUGUCAAGCAAUGUUUUGAGUGGGAUCCUGAUAAAAGAAUAACGGCUUCUGAAGCUCUCGAGCAUGAGUGAAUUCAAGAAGCGUAUAAUAAGAACGGCUCAAAGCAUAAUACCAGCAGGGGAGGCAGUGCACAGCCGCAUCAAGGCCAUACAUCUAGGCAUAUUUGCUUACUUAAAUUACUUAUCGGGGAAAUUCUGCAGACACGAAUACUACUAUUCGCAUCUUCGCUUGCAAGUCUGGAUACAGUCUUCAGCUGUUAGCCUCGCAGACGAGGGACCAUAUCGCACUCUAUAUUCAGAAACGCUUGACAUGCCACGAGUCAAAAGAGCUAGCUUUCCAAAAAUUAAUUUUCAGGUCGAGUUGUGGACCAAAAUGAAACUCGAAGCCCAAGAGACAAAGCCUAUUAUUACGCUAUGGAUUGUCAAUUGGCAAAAAACCUCCAUCUAGCCCUUGCUGGGCAUCUCAUUUCCAACUCUAAAUUCCACCUCCCCUCGGCAAGGGCACUGUUUGGAUGUGAGUUAAAGUUGUCCAGCCAAGUGCUGUCACUCCAUCAAAUUCGCCAAAACUGGCCCAGACACAAAUUUCUGAAUACUAUUCUCUCAUCAGCAAGCCUUCCCGGCAACAGGUGUUAAAAGAACAGGUUGGCUCGCCAUUUUAAUAUAUAUUACAUCAAGACAUGCAUAUAAAGCAAGUUUAGGUGAAACUACAAUUAACCCAAGCUUCCAGAAUUCGAUUUUAACAAAUCGAAAGCCAAGGCUUCAGAACUCGUUUUUAAUACCAGGAUAA